AGCAGGCGCAUCAUCCUUUAGCUGCUGAAGCUAGCAGGCUAACGACCAGUAAGGAGUACCCCGACGGGAGCGUUAUUUUCAACCCCUACUCUUCGCUCUUAAAGAAGAGGACAUUUCCGAAUUUGUGAUUAUUUACAGAAUCUUUUUGGACAUUGGUUUUAGGUGGAUUUGUGGAGUUCGACAAGCGGUGUGAACCAAGCCCCCAGGAAGUGCUCCGGCAUUUGAAGCCGAAUUGUAUGAAUGGCCGUAGUGGCCAAAUGGUGGUACUACAGCUUCCGUGACGUAAUUUUGGCCCAAAAAGACUUUUUCCCAUAUACUUACUUUGAGAAAGAUACGUUUGUAAAUCAGCGUAUACUUUUUUUCAUUAAAUUAACUACCCAGCACUAACCCUUUAAUAGCCCUUAUUUAAAUCAUCACAGUCUAAUUCAAAGGGCGUGACAAAUCUUAAUACAGAGUUACUUUCUAAGAGAAAACUCAACUGCGCAUGCUCCGCGGGCCCACAUAUGGGUCCUUUCUGAACCAACAAUUGCUCGUUUUGGGCUUCAAUGCGCCACUGAGCAACUCUCAGGAAUGAACGUGAUUUCAGUCCACUGUAACAUAAGCUAACGUUAGCUCUCGGCUUUAGAACUCUCUUACAUAAAACAAACGGCUGAUCGGCGGCAGUUGGCUGAAGCAGAGAGGGGCUUUUUGGGUCUGUCGUUUUAAAUAUAUAUUAUGUAAACUGGACUUUAAUGUUUUUUUGUUAUAAAUGUGUUGAAAACGUAGCUUUUUGCCGAGUUAAUAAUGUCAUCGUAACACCGAAUAACCAUGGAUAUUAAGCUUCUUACAUGCUGAGCACGGAGGACUUUACCCACCGCCUCUCGACUCAACAGAAGGAGACUGUAGAAUAUAUUUUUGUAUUCUCCUAAAAAAAGGGACACGUUGUUUUGGCCGAGAGACGUGGUGCUAUGUGAUAUGACGAAGUUUUUAUUUACUAAGUACGCAUUUCUUCUACUACCCUCAGUGACUCAGAGGCUGGUGUUUACACGGACCCCAGCUGGACCCGUUGGUGACGUCACAUUUUGAGGUGGAAGAAGCACUUAAGAUAUUGUACUUUAGUUAAAAAGUAGAAAUACCAGAGUGUAGGAAUGCUCUGUUUCUAGUAAAAGUCCUGCAUUCAAAAAGCAAAGGUAGGACAGUACUGGCAUCAAAAUACACUUAAAGUUACAAAUUAUGCAGAUUCAAAAUAAUAUUAAGUAUAUGUUUAGAUGAAAAAUAUUGAUGCUAAUGUGUUUAUCAACGCUGGUUAAGGUGCAGCUAGUUUGAAUAACUUUAUAUGCUGCAGGGUAGCUUGUGCAUUUACUCCAGGUGUAACUAAACUACCUCUGACUUGUAGAAGAGUUUAAUAACAAAGUAGCAGUAAAAUGGAAAUGCUCAAAUAAAGCCCCUCAGUACUUGAGUAAAUGAACGUAGUUACUUUACACCUCUUUAUUUUAUCGUGGUGGAGGUCGUCUACAACAUCAAUGGCUAGCAGUGAGAGUCGGGCAUCAGUGAAGCUCUCCUUCAUUGUUUAAGUAUCUCAUUCUCCAACAUGGAGACGAGGGUCGAGAUGCUCGUCCAUCCGCUCUCCAACCCUGGGGCUGCGGGGAUUUGCCCUGAAAUGCUGGAGGUGGCAGAGGAGGUGAACCGGGCUGGAGACUACAGUCUGGCUGCUGAGAUCUACACCUCCCAGCUUGCAGACCUCCAGCAUCCAGACAGGGGUCUUUGUCUGAGGAAAGCCGACUGUCUGACCCAAGCAGGGAGGAUUUCUGAGGCUCUGGACUCCUACUGCACAGCGGCCAGUCUGGGGAAACUGCACCCGGAGGAACUGCCUCUUUUGGUGGAUACAAUUGCUCGGACUCUCCGGGAGAAAGAGCUGGGCUUCCCCGGGCCUGGAGGGAAAAGCUCCAGCAGCAGUGAGGAAGAAGGGGUUGAAAGUGAUGGGGAAUGUGGAGAUGAUGAAGCACUGGAUUUGUUCUCCUGUCGCCUCUGCAAGUGUCUCCUCCAUGAGCCCACCACCGUGGAGUGCGGACACACCUUCUGCAAAAUCUGCCUGGAGGACGAGGCUAUCACAGAGUGUGUGCAGUGCAAGGAACAGUUUAACGAGAAGAAAGAUGGCCUGCCAAACGACAGGAGACUGGACGUGGUGCUCAGUGGCCUGCUGGAUAAACUGUUUGCAACCGAGAGCAAAGCGAGGAAGUUCUGGAUCGAAGGGCAGGUUUUGUGGGGAGAGAAAAAACACUCUGAGGCUCUGGAGAAGUACAACGCAGCAGUGGAUCUAGCGCCCUCUAUAGGCCGGCUGCUCUGUCAGCGCGCUGAGCUGCACGUGGAGAUGAGGAACUUCAGUCUGGCCAUGCAGGACGCCAGCAGCCUCUGUCGGAUAAAACCUCACUGGACAAAGGCUCACAGUCUGAAAGCCACGGCGCUGAGUGAAGCGGGGCGGAACGACGAGGCGCUGCAGGAAUAUCUGAUGUGUGUCGCACUGAAACCCAACUGGACCAAAGUCAAACUGCAGGCGCAGAAGGUCCUCAGCGAGGUGUUCUCUUCUGUGUUUGAGAAUGGAAACAUGCCGCUGCACCCGCUGCAGGGGGGCGUGGCCUCUCGCCUCAUCAAACCCCCCGCCUUACUGAUGUCCCUGAGGCCGCAAGCUCAGAGACCUAGCUCCUCCUCUCAGGACUCAGAGUUCAGUGUGUCUAAAGGCUCUCCAGUGGACGACUCGUCCUCCAGACUCUCUCCUCCGGAGGGCAGCACCAAGAGCCUGGCCGAGGUCCUGGCUGCGCUGCCGGCCCCCCCCGGUGGCGUGAAGAGGAAGCACAGCGGAGAAGGACCCUCUGCCGGCACUAACCAUCCCACCAAACUGCUCAGACCCGACGAGGCGGGCAGCUCUCAGACGGUCUCAGUGUGUGGAGGACGGACGUUCCCUGCUGAGCUGUUGGACAGCGGAGACAUGGAGUGUCCACUCUGCAUGAGAUUGUUCUACGAGCCGGUGGCCACUCCCUGCGGUCACACCUUCUGCCUCAAAUGUCUGGAGCGCUGCCUCGACCACAAAUCCAACUGCCCUCUGUGCAAGGAGAAUCUCUCCGAGUAUUUGGCCACUAGGGGCUACAACAAGACCCUGCUGAUGGAGGAGGUGCUGCAGCGUUACCUAGGAGACGAGCUGGCUGACAGGAAGACAAUCCAUGAAGAGGAGAGGAAGGAGCUCUCAAACCUGAAACCAGGAAGUCCCUGUCUUCGUGUGCACCAUGGCCUUCCCCACCAUCCCCUGCCCGCUGCACGUGUUCGAGCCGCGCUACCGCCUCAUGAUCCGCCGCUCCAUGGAGACGGGCACCAAGCAGUUCGGCAUGUGCAUCGCCGACGAGCUCAAAGGCUUCGCCGACUACGGCGCAUGCUGGAGGUGCGAGAUGUGAAGUUCUUCCUGACGGUCGCUCCGUGGUCGACACUAUCGGCGUUCACGGUUUAAAGUCCUCAGCCACGGCCAGAGAGACGGAUACCACACUGCCAAGAUAGAGUAUCUGGAGGACAAAAAGGUGGAGGGGGAGGAGCUUGUGGAGAUUCUGAAGAUGCACGACGCUGUGUACGAGCAGGCCAACAACUGGUUCACCUCCCUGAAGGACAACAUGAAGAGCCAGAUCCUCAGCCACUUCGGAGACCUCCCCAGCAACGACCCCGACCCUCAG